CCUCCCCCAAAUUGGAACAGUGUGACUGGGGCUAACAGCUCAGCCCCACAGGACUGCACUCGUGCUGCUGCCAAAUCUUCCCGGUUUUCUGUAGCAUUUAAUAAGCUACCUUCUUGCAGUGACAGCUGACGCCACACGUGGGAGGUGCAGCCCCUGAGUCCCUGCGGCGGGCCCCCUCCGACGGACGGGCCUGAGAACAGGGUGGCGUGUGGGGAGUACGGCCGAGCAGCGUGGAGCUCCAGGGCCAGAGAGAAGAGUGCCCGGCGCCCCGCGGCCCUGGGGUGCGCCUGCCUCCACAACCCCGGAUUCCCACCCAGGCCCGUCUCCCCCCGGGAUGGGCUGCGCGGCCGUCGGCCUCGGCACAGGCCUGGCCCCGGUGCAGGAAGGCGGUUAAGGCGCGGCUGUGAGCGGGCCCCGUGACUGCUGCCGGCCUCCCCGCCGGCCCCCGCCGGUUCCCGUGCGCCCCGCUGGCACCAAGAAUGAGCGGGGAUGUCCUCUAGCCCGUGACCCAGCGGCGGCUCCAGGUCCCCGGUGCGCAGCGGCUGGCAAGCCGGCGGAGUGUCCCCACCACAACGGCCAGCGAUGACCGUCCGGAAGCUCGUGGCCACGGCCGUGCUGCUGGCCCUCGUUUCUCUCGUCCUCAACAACGCCGCUGCCUUCACCCCUCACUGGGUGUGCCAGACGCUGGAGGACGGGCGGGAGCGCAGCGUGGGCCUGUGGGAGGCCUGCUGGCUGCCAGGCGCCGGCCGCGGGGGAGCCGAGUGCGAGGCCCUGGGCUGGGGCUCCGAGGCGGCCGGCUUCCAGGAGCCGCGCGGCACCGCCAAACUGCAGUUUGACAUGAUGCGCGCCUGUAACCUGGUCGCCACGGCGGCCCUCGCGGCCGGGCAGCUCACCUUCUUCCUGGGACUGACGGGCCUGCCCCUGACAUCUCCCGAGUCGCCGUGCUGGGAGGAGGCCAUGGCUGCAGCGUUCCAGCUGGCGAGCUUCGUCCUGGUCAUCGGGCUGGUGGCCUUCUACAGGAUCGGCCCCUACACCAACCUGUCGUGGUCCUGCUACCUGAACAUCGGAGCCUGCCUCCUGGCCACCCUCGCCGCGGCCCUGCUCAUCUGGAACAUUCUCCACAGGAGAGAGGACUGCCUGGCCCCGCGCGUCAUUGUCAUCAGCCGCUCCCUGACGGCGCGGCUUCGCCGGGGGCUGGACAACGACUACGUGGAGUCGCCGUGCUGAGGGGCUGGGGGGGCCUCCUGGGAUGUGGCCUGGGCCUCCCGCUCUAAGGAGGGCCGGAGGCCGGCGGGCCCACCAGGCCCCACACUGCACCCGCAGGACUCUCGUGUGCAUUUGCUGUGUUACAUGUAAGUAGACGACGUGCCUGUACGUCUUGCGUGCCACAGCCCAGCUGCACGUCCGCCCGCGUCUCGGGGCGGGGACCAGGAAUCCGUGCUCUGAGGAGGGAGGGAGGCGAGGGCCCCACUCCCCACUCGGCCUGGGAGUAACUCAUCCACAUCUGCCGAGGGGGCAACCCAGAACUACAUUACUCUGGCAAAGUGGGGCCUGUGGGGAGGCUUUCUUGAAGUGGCCAUGGGAUUCCUCUAAUGAAUUAGAAUCUAUGGUCAGACAGUUACGGUCUUGUUACAGAACUGCGCAUUUUGUACAUUUUGCUCCUGAUUAUUUUUCUAAGUUAAAAUAAAAUGCAAACCUCUUACUUA